AUGCUUUUUGGACACCUCAAACACCUCCUUCUCUCUGCGUCUCUCACGUCGCAAAUCAUAGCAAACUCCUCUCCUCCCUCGCCUACGCUGGUCAAAUUGCCCUAUGGAUCCUUCGAAGGGAAGGAAUCGGGAAACCUCGUCGAAUUCCUAGGCAUUCCGUUUGCUGCCCCACCUAUCGGGAGACUUAGAUUUGAGCCGCCUACCAACCCGAUAACAUUCGAGGGUGUCCGCAAAGCGACUGAAUUCGCCCCGGCCUGUCCUCAGCUAGAGGCUGAGAUCGACCUACCUCUCCCUCGUCCUGCGAACAUCUCCGAGGAUUGCUUGUGUCUCAAUGUGAUCAAGCCAGCCAGCAUCCCAGAUGGCCAAGAGCUUCCCGUCCUUUUCUACAUUUAUGGAGGAGGAUUCGCAAUGGGUGACACUUCGCAGCUUCACGGCGGCACUCUUGUGAACAGGUCCAUAGACCUCGGUGCGCCGGUGAUCCUAGUGACCGCCGCUUAUCGCCUCAAUGCAUUUGGGUUCUUGGGCAGCAAAGAGGUCAAAGCUGCAGGAAUCGGGAAUGUGGGAUUGCGAGACCAACGAUUCGCGCUUCAGUGGAUUCAGAAGAAUAUCGGCAAGUUCGGAGGCGAUCGCAAGAAAGUUACCAUUUGGGGCGUUAGCGCUGGGGCCAUCUCCGUCGCCAUGCACAUGCUAAUAAACGAUGGGAAUCAAGCAGGUUUAUUCAAGGGGGCUGUCAUGGAAUCCGGAUCUCCCGUUGUCUUGCCCGAUAUCGUCAACCAACAAGGGCACUUUGACGCCCUCGUCGCCGACACCAACUGUACCGACGCAGCCGACAGGUUGGAGUGUCUCCGAGACGCGCCUUACGCCGACCUCGUCGCCGCCGUCAACCGGAGACCCACUAUCAGCUCUUUCCAAAGUCUCAAGCUCACCUGGCAGCCAGUCGUAGACGGAAACAUUAUCGUUCGCGAUCCACAGACGUCUGUCCAGAGGCUCAAGUUUUCAAAGAUCCCAAUCAUGACGGGCUGUGUCGAGGAUGAGGGAACAUUGUUUUCCGUGGUCAUGAGCAAUAUAACUAAUAAUGCUCAAUUCCUCGAAUACGUGAAGAGCAACUACUUCAACGAGAUAUCGGACAAGGAUUUGAAAGCUCUGGAAAUUGCGUACCCCGAUGAUGUUACCCAGGGCUCUCCAUUCAACACGGGGACUAAUCAUGCUCUAACCCCACAGUACAAGAGGCUUGCUGCGUUUCAAGGAGAUCUGAUGUUCCAGGCAACGCGCCGAUCUUUCUCGAGAGUAGCAUCGAAGAGACAACCUGUUUACGGCUUCAGGUACAUGCGUGCUCGUGCGAGUGCCCUUCCGGGCGUUGGCGUUAGUCACGGCGGUGAAUUCCCCGAGUUCAUGGCCUUAAUCACCGAUACCGGGUUCAUAGCGGCCGAUGCACUCCUCUACUUCACCCACAACGGCAACCCGAACGCACCCCGGGGCUCUACCAGCCUUCUUCGGAACACGAAGUGGGACGUGUACAGCUCGUCCGCUAAAAACCCACCUCUCUUCACCUUCGUCGACCCUGGGUCGUCCGUCAAUAUCACCGCCGAUACGUAUCGCGCUGAUGCUAUGAAGUUGUUGAACAAGCUUUCCUUGAAGGAGAUUGGGAGCUUCCCUCCACCUCUUCAUUGUCUCUCCACCUGCUCUCCACCUGUCCCUCUCCACCUCCUCUUCUCUCUCCCUCGUGGCGAUAUGCCCAAGGUACCCUCCACAUCACCGGCGACAGGCCAACCUCUACACCCGGCCUAUGUACACACCACCGCCCUCAACUUUGUUGACAACGCCGGCCGCACUCUCCUACUCCGUGGUGUCAAUCUCUCAGGCGCAUCCAAGGCCCCGGUCGGCCAUCCAUCAUACAUCCUAGAGGACUUUUGGGACAGCGCAGAGGCGGGCGGCGAGAGUUUUGUUGGUCGCCCCCUCAACAUCGACGAUGGCAGUGCAGAUGUCCACCUCGCAAGACUACGUGGGUGGGGCUUCAACAUGCUUAGAUUUCCCUUUACGUGGGAGGCCCUGGAACAUGAAGGACCGGGCAAAUACGAUUAUGAAUUUAUGGACUACACUAUUCGUGUGCUAUGUAAAUGCAGAGAUUAUGGAUUUAGAGUAUUCAUGGACCCGCACCAGGACACGCCGUCCCUCUCGUUAGACCACAGCCAUCCGCAUGGCAACUCCACUUCUAUUUUCACCUCUGCCUCGUUGCUUACGCCCUCUUGUUCUCAGUGGUCCCGCUUCUCCGGCGGCUCAGGUGCCCCAUACUGGACACUUGCCGCCUGCGGCAUCAACCCUCGCAACAUCACCGCCACCCAGGCCGCCAUCCUCCACUGCGAAUACCCUCUCGCACACGAAGCCGACCCCGCUUCUCUCCCCGCCAUGGUCUGGUCGACAAACUACGGUCGCCUCCUCUCACAAACCGUCUUCACCCUCUUCUUUGCCGGCCGCGACUUCGCACCCAAUGCAAUCAUCGACGGCGUGAACAUCCAGGACUACCUCCAGUCACACUUUAUCGAGGCAUGUGGCAGGCUUGCCGACCGGAUACGAGAUUUCGGCAACGGGAGCCUGUUCGAGGAGUGCAUCAUCGGUUGGGACAGCCUCAACGAGCCGUUCGAGGGUCUGUGUGGAUGGGAGGACCUCAACGCGAAUCCGGAGAAGCAAGGCUCGACGCUGAAGAAGGGCACGUACCCGACACCUGCGCAGAGUCUACGGUUAGGCAUGGGCCAGCCGCAGACGGUCGACAACUGGACGUUCGGCGCCAUGGGCCCCUCGAAGAACGGUACCGUCACGAUAGACCCCAAGGGCCGCAAACUCUGGGCUGACACCACUGUCGUCCCAAGCCAAGAGGACGAAGCAAGCUCCCAAGACGAGCUGCCGGAUGGCACGCACCCGCGCUGGGGUUGGAAGCGCGACGUCUCGAAGUGGCCCCUCGGGACGUGCGUGUGGGCCCAGCACGGUGUCUGGGACGUCGAGACAGGCUUCGUCCUCCGCCCCGACUACUUCCGCUUCAGACCUACGCGCCCGGAUGACGAUGAUAUGAUCGAAGUUGAGUUCAUCUCGGACUACUGGAAGCCACACUGGCUUGCCUAUGCAGAACGUAUACGCCGCUCGCACCCAGAGGCGAUCGUGAUGGACGACACGGAGUUAAAGGGACGCUGUGUUUAUUCGCCGCAUUACUAUGAUGGCCUGACACUGAUCACACGGCAUUGGAACUGGUUCAACGCAGAUGCGCUGGGGCUGUUGAGGGGGAAGUAUAGCAGUACGCUGCAGGCGGUGAAGAUUGGCGAGGCGGCGAUUAGGAAGUCGUUGCACCAGCAGCUGGGAUACCUACAGGACGACGUUGCGUUGCUCGGGGAUGCUCCUUCACCGUCUUCCUCCUCGCCUUACCCGCCCCAACCGAAUGAUCGACAAUCAAUACCACAACCCGCUCCCUGGCAAGGCCAGUACCCCACCCUCAUUGGCGAGAUCGGCACCCCCUACGACAUGGACGACAAGCGGUCAUAUGGGUGGACGGACGGGGGCAAGCACAAGGGAGACUUCGGCCCACAGGAGAAGGCCCUCGACGCAAGCAUCAACGCGUGUGAUGGAACGCGCCCGCUCAACUGGACGGUGUGGACGUACGUCCCCGACGACCAUACGCACGAAUGGGGUGAUGGGUGGAAUAUGGAGGAUCUGAGUUUGUGGAGCUGGGAUGAUCUAGAGUCGGAGGAGGAGGAAGAGGGACAGGAGGAAGGGGAGUUCAAGGACGAGGAUGUGCUGAAUAGCCGGGCGGCGCUGCUGAUGGAGGCUGCGACCGACCCGGAGCAGGAGGGUGGAGGAAGUCGGGAGAGGAGAAGGACGAGGAGGAAGCAGCCGUACAGGUCCCUCCCGAUGGUUGCUGCGUCGUCGUCGCUCUCGCUCGCCACGCUUGGGGCUGUCUCAGCGACUCUGCCCAACAGCGUCGCACAGAGCCGCGCACGUACUAUUUCGCUGGGGUCGACGGCCUCAUCGUCGUCGUCGACUUCGCGUCGCGUGCGGAGGUUGGGUCGAACCUCGCCCUAUGACGACCUGCCUGGGUACUCGCCGAACCCGUACACGUUCCUUACCGAUGGGGCGCGUGCGGUUAGGGCGUUUGCAAGGCCUUGGCCAGUCAAGGUCGUCGGACGGCCGCUGGACGUGAAGUUCGAGAUCGGGAAGGCGGCGUUCAAGCUGGUGGUCCGCGUUGACGAGGACGACGCGUACCCUGCGUGGAGAAGCGGCUCUAGUUCGAAUUCGAAGGUCGACGAAGAACACGUCGAGGACGUCGGCGAGGAGCUGGAGGAGAGGGCCACGGAGAUCUACCUUCCUCUGGUGCACUAUGCGCAUCAGGCGCUGCUGGACGACGCGGAUGCGCGCUGGGCGUACCGGGCUACGGAGAAGAGCAGCACAUUGAGGAGGCGGACGAGCAUCACACGCUCGAUUGCGAGUAUGAGCACUGGCACCCUCUUGGCUGGCACGACGCCCCAGAUUCCUGGCAAGGUUCUGGCGUACCUCAACGGACACGGACACGAGCAGGCUGCGGAGGUCGAGGAAGAGGGGGAAAGAGGGAGGAGUUUGUCGAGGAACGCAUCGACGCCGACACGUACUACGACUUCGACGACUGCUGCUACGCCCCCGCCGAUGUCCGAGACCGAGACGGACACGCGCACGAUCGUUGAGGUUGACCGGCCGGAGUCGAGGUUGACGGGCGUGGACAGGUUGAAGCAGAAGGGCAAGAAUGACUCGGAGAGCGACGAGCCUACUGGGAAGGUCGGCUUUCCCUGUGUUCCUGCUGCGUCAUGUCCUGGAAGCGCGUCGUGUGCACCGCUCCUCGUCGCAGACACCUUCACCCCCGCCUUCCUCUCCGCCUCAUCUACCGAUGUCGCGGAUGUCGGCGGCGACAUCCAUCCCAACAGCGCGUAUCCUCUGCUGGACGUCGAGGUCAAAGUCUCAACUGGGCACGUCAAGAUACAAGGACAAAAGUUGCUGUGGUGGUACGACGUCCCGAAGGCGGGCGAGCCGGCACGGGAGUACACCCUCGAGGUGCGCAGGCGCGGAGGGGUACUUCCGAGUCCGGAGAAGAGGAGAAAGGAGCGUAAGGAACGGAGAGCGGCAGAGAGGGCUUUGGAAAAGGGGAAAGGGGAGAAGGCAGGACAGCAGGGAUGGUGCGAACAGCUUUGUCCCGAGGAUGACUGGACACUGGACAGACACUAUUGGAGACCAUGGGAAGGAAGGACGUACUCCGCCUUCCCUUGCGAGAGGCUCUACCUCAAGCUCCUGGUGUAUGGAAUCUACGUCCUCGAGACAGCCCAGACAGCCCUCAUCGCCCAGGAGUCGUUCCGGAUUUAUGUGAUCAGUUUUGGGGAUAUCGAGGGGAGCAAUAUCGUAGGGACGUCUUGGUUCAGCGUGCCCAUUCUUACUGCCGUUGGCGCCGUCUCGAUAAUCGCCCUCCUACUCAUGGUCCUCCCAGGCAACAAAGUCGGCCCCGCAUACGAGGGCGUCGCUGUUAUUCUGGGGAAGGUUUACGCUAACUCGAUGCUCGUGCUCAUCAACCGACGGGCGAGGAUUACAAGUGGCGAUCGCCAACCGCAGGCGUUUGGGGGAGGGACGGCGCCGAUCUCGUUCAGGGUGCCGGACGUCGAGGACGGGAGAAGGACGAAGCCGCCAGCUGGGGAAGGAAUUACUAUGGGGCAGGGCUCUUUGUCGUCGGUGGGGAAUGGAUAG